AUGGACCGCGGCUUGAACGAACUGCUCAAAUGGGGCGUCGAGAAUUCCGGUGCCUCCAGGCAGCCAACAGAUCCCAGCGAUCCUUCAAUAGUGCCGCCGCCGACGACGCGCGGUCUGAAUGAGGAUGCUUUGAAAGCGUUAAUGGGCGGCCCAUCCGAUGCCGAUCUCAUGAGGGAAUCCAUGGCUGCCUUGCUUUCGGACGAACUCGACCUGGACAACAAGAUGGUUGCGUUUGACAACUUCGAACAGCUGGUCGAAACCAUAGACAAUGCCAACAAUAUGGAGCCUCUUGGCCUAUGGACGCCUCUUGUUGGCCUUUUGGGACACAAAGAAGCCGACAUGAGGCGCAUGGCUGCAUGGUGCAUUGGAACUGCAGCGCAAAACAAUGAAAAAGCCCAAGACAAGGUGCUUGUCAUGAAUGCUCUCCCUACUUUAGUAUCUCUUGCGACUACCGACUCGGACAGCAAAGUUCGCCGGAAAGCCAUCUAUGCCCUUUCAUCUGCCGUCCGCAAUUACCAACCCAACAUGAAUGAAGUACUGUUACACCUGCCGGCGGAUUUUAAACCAGCAGAGACCGUCGAUUCGGGGGACAUGGCUGCGAUUGAUGCGAUUAUGGAAAAACUGAGAAACGCGCCUUCAUGA